AUGGCUUUGAUGGCGAAGUUUUUAUGGGCGAUCUCUAGCAAACAAGACUGCCUUUGGGUUAGAUGGAUUAACUCCAUCUAUCUUAAGGAGCAAAUCAUUUGGAAUACUCCUAUUAAGCAAGAAAUGAGCUGGUAUUUUAAGAAGCUUCUGAGGCUUAGACAAGUUACUGAUGAAGCUUCUUUGAGGCAAGCUGAAAAGGGAGGUUUUAACUCUCAUCUGCUCACCAGAGAUCAUUUGAGCCGUUUCAUGCCUAUCCCUACUACUCUUUGCCUGGUUUGUGUCUCUGAAAAUGAAACUCACAGCCACCUAUUCAUGAACUGUAUCUUCUCUAGAAAAAUAUUUGGGGAAAUUAGUAGCUGGAUGGGCGUGUUUCAGUGGCCGAAUUCCUUCUUGGAGCUUCAGCAAUGGUGUUUGACAGCUGUUAGUGACCUGAAGAACCAAAUUAUUAAUGCUGUAAUAUCUGCAACAAUGUAUUUUGUUUGGAAAAAUCGGAACAAAUGUAUCUAUGAAUCUGUUUGUAGUACGGCUAGAAGUAUUAGCUUGGAAAUUAGGAAGGUUGUUAAAUGUAGAAUUUUGGGUCUCGGUCUUCAUAAACUUAGCAAAAGGGAUAGGUAUUUGCUUAAUGUUGUAGAGGGUUGGUAG